AUGCCUCCAAUUCGGACAGCAAAGUCUUCCGCAGCGAAGAAGUCUGGCUCUGUUGCAGCCUUCUUCGUGAAGGUAGACAGAAAUGAAGCUCUAGCCCGCGCUAUCAAAGUCCAGCCAAAGGCGCCAAAGACGCCAAAGACGCCAGAAGCACCUCAAGAUGUAGAACCCGCGCCAAUCUCACAAUCGACCACACCGCCAGCCUCUUCAAUGACAACAACAACACCGACGAACUCGCAGACUCCACCUGAGGAAGGAGACGAUAUCAUCGACUUAGUGAUGACGGACAAAGUGGUCUUACCUGAUCUAGUGCCUCAGACAGUCACUAUUCCGUCUGAGUCCCAGCCGUCACAAUCAAGAGCAUCAUCAAUCCAGCAGUUGAAGCGUAUCAGGCGCCCAGACACUCAGAAGGGCACCAAGGGUAUCCUUUUCAACGGUAAUCGGAGUUGGGAAAUGGAUCAUCUGAACUGGCUGGGAUCUUCGACAAGAGAAAUUGUCUUCGGAACCGAAACGCAACUGACACCCAAAAUCAUCGACGACCUCAUCUCUUUCCCCAAAGUUUGUCGUAACCUGUGGCACAUUGAAUUUCUUCACUUGGACGACGGCUAUCAUCCCGAUAAUCACGCCAGAGACUUAACGGACGACCAUAUUGUGAAGCUGGCGGCAGCGUGCCCUAAUCUUCGAUCUAUCAAAUUGCGGGCUACCGCCCAAUUGGGUCACAGAUCUUUGAUCGCAUUCUGUCGACAUUGUCCAGGACUGAAGCACUUGCAGAUAACCGGCGAAGCUGCGAAUAAAACUCUCUUUGUGCACGAGGAAUUCUUUGAUGAGCUAGCGAGACAGCCCAGCUGGGCUCCGAAGCUCAAGAAGGUUGUGCUCUACGCUUAUGAUGGUCGGCUUCGCAAGCCUUACCUGGAGCACGUGCUUGCAUUAUCGAGGACGAGACCAACGAUGUCCAUAGAGUUUCAGAAUAUUCAACUGAACAGAAAGCCGAGAUGGCCGGAUCCAAGGUCUUACCUCAACUCGUUCGACAGGAUUGGAUAUGCGAAUGGGAGAAAGAGGUAUGACAAACACGGUGAAUACCUUCCCGACGUGUGA